AUGGCGAUAACACUGAACAAUGGCUUCAAGAUGCCAAUAAUUGGACUUGGAGUUUGGCGAAUUCAAGGACAAGAAAUCAAAGAUCUUAUUAUCAAUUCAAUCAAAAUCGGUUAUCGUCAUUUUGAUUGUGCUGCUGAUUACAAAAACGAAACCGAAGUUGGAGAAGCGCUUAAAGAAGCAUUUGACACCGGACUCGUGAAGAGGGAUGAACUUUUCAUUACCACCAAGCUAUGGAACUCUGAUCAUGGACAUGUUGUUGAGGCUUGUAAAGAUAGUCUUAAGAAGCUUCAGUUAGAUUAUCUGGAUUUAUAUCUUGUUCACUUUCCUGUUGCCACAAGGCAUACUGGGGUUGGUACUACUGAUAGUGCUUUGGGUGAAGAUGGUGUCCUGGAUAUAGAUACAACCAUAUCCCUGGAAACUACUUGGCAUGCAAUGGAAGGUCUUGUUUCAUCGGGCUUGGUUCGCAGCAUUGGGAUCAGCAACUAUGAUAUCUUUCUGACUAGAGAUUGUUUAGCAUACUCCAAGAUAAAGCCUGCUGUGAAUCAGAUUGAAACUCAUCCAUACUUCCAGCGUGAUUCUCUAGUCAAAUUUUGUCAGAAGCAUGGAAUUUGUGUAACAGCCCACACCCCACUAGGAGGUGCUGCAGCUAACACAGAAUGGUUUGGUACUGUUUCAUGUUUGGAUGACCAAGCUCUCAAAGGUCUGGCUGAGAAAUACAAAAAGACUGCUGCCCAGAUUGCUCUUCGCUGGGGCAUUCAAAGGAACACUGUUGUCAUUCCCAAAACAUCGAAACUGGAGAGAUUGAAAGAGAACUUCCAGGUAUUUGAUUUUGAGCUGUCUAAAGAGGAUACAGAUCUCAUCAGUAAUAUGGACAAGAAAUAUCGAACUAAUCAACCUGCGAAGUUCUGGGGCGUAGAUCUUUACGCUUGA